CGGUCGCGCCUGCACACAUGCUCGGGGCCUGUUCAUGCGGCUUGCGCGCUAAAGCUGCCUAGCGUCUCAGCCCCGCCAAAGUCGACAUCUGGAGCUCUCACAAUUUCCAGCGCGUCCCUUGUACCUGCACCAACACAGCUACCUCUUAUUUUGCGCCAAACCCCCUUGAGCGAGUGCUGACAUUGUAUCCAUAGCAAGUCGCUCCACUCAGCAAACUCCCGCGACUUUCACCAAGGUCGCAGCUUCCUCACCUCACCGCCCGCAACGCGACCCGCACUCGCCCACCAUGUCGGCCGCUGAAGAAACCCCCAUCAAGCAGGAGCCGACCGAGGAGACUCCCGCGCAGGAACCCCAAGAAGCCCAGGCGUCUUCGCUCGAACAGGCUCAGACCGAUGGCAGUGGUCCACCAGGAAAUGGCUCUGCUCUGGCUGAGCCUGAGUUCCAAGUCGAGGUCAAGCUUGCCGACCUGCAGGCAGACCCCAACAACCCGCUAUACUCCGCCAAGUCGUUCGAGCAGCUUAACCUCUCCGAGGAACUCCUCAAGGGUAUUCGCAACAUGAACUUCACCAAGCCAUCCAAGGUUCAAGAGAAGGCCUUGCCUCUGCUUCUGAUGGACCCGCCCACCAACAUGAUCGCGCAGUCACAAUCCGGAACUGGUAAGACUGCUGCCUUCUCGCUCAACAUCCUUUCUCGCCUCGACCUAUCGAACCCCGAGCCGCAAGCGCUGGCACUCGCGCCUAGCCGAGAGCUCGCCCGUCAGAUUCUUGGUGUCAUUACACACAUGGGUCAGUUCAUGGACGGCCUCAAGACCAUGGCUGCCAUUCCCGAUCCAUCACGAAGGGGACAGCAGUUUAAUGCCCAGGUUCUUGUCGGUACACCGGGAACUGUUCAGGACAUGCUGAGGCGGCGUCUCAUUAACGCGAAGAACAUCAAGAUUCUGGUUUUGGACGAGGCCGACAACAUGUUGGAUCAGCAGGGCAUGGGCGAGCAAUGCACUCGCGUCAAGUCACUUCUGAAUAAGGACAUCCAGACAGUCCUCUUCUCCGCUACCUUCCCACCCAACGUCAUCGCAUACGCCAAGCGCUUCGCACCCAACGCCAACACGAUUACUCUAGCGCACGAGGAGUUGACCAUUGAGGGUAUCAAGCAGCUGUACAUUGAUAUCGACAAGGACAACGACAAGUACGCGACAUUGCUUAAGUUCUACGGUCUGAUGACACAAGCUUCGUCCAUCAUCUUCGUCAGGACCCGAAGGACUGCUGAGGAGCUCGAGAAGCGCAUGGUUGCCGAAGGCCACAAGGUUGCGCAACUCAGCGGUGCUCUUGAAGGCCCUGAGCGUGAUCGCAUUAUCGACCAAUUCCGCUCCGGAGAGGCCAAGGUCCUCAUCACCACCAACGUUCUCGCCCGUGGUAUCGACGUGCAGUCAGUCACUAUGGUUAUCAACUACGACGUUCCAACCAUGGCAAACGGAGUGGACGCAGACCCCGAGACAUACCUCCACCGUAUUGGUCGUACCGGUCGUUUUGGACGUGUCGGUGUCGCCCUUACUUUCGUACAUGACAAGAACAGCUGGACACAACUUAACUACAUCGCGAGCUACUUCAAGACGGACCUAGUUCCCAUCGACACAUCGGACUGGGACGCUGUCGAAGACCUGAUUCAGGGUGUCAUCAAGUCGUCGCGAGCGGGCAAGACAACGGCGGAGAUGGGAGGCGCCUAGAACGUAGACUAUGGACUACAUGUUGGGGAAACAAGGCUUCUGAGCGAUAGCGAGCAUAUGGCAGGGGCAACGCAGCCGUUGACCUCCACGAAAAGAUAAAAGAAUCACGUACGAUGGAAAUGAAUCAAAGAUACCCAAGCUUAGCAAAGUAAA